GAGAAGAAGAAGGAGCACGAAAAGCCAAGCACGAGCAUAGUUACAGUGACAACCGGUGAAGAAAAUGACGUCAAUAUAUUCCAGACUGCUUGCAAGUUACAUUCGUUUGAUAAGGAAAAGAAGGCAUGGGUUGAACGAGGCCUUGCUCAUAUACGGAUAAAUCAGAGAAACGAAGAUGGUGAAAUUCACCAUCGUAUAGGCAAGUCUGGCUUCGGCUUUGGUAUAACACCGUCUACACACGUUCAUUUGGAGAAGAAAUCACUGGAUGAUGUGCUCGGAAAGAUGGCUGCUGAAAAGAAACUGCGGCAAGAGCAGGAAGACAAAGGUCAACCGAUGUUCGUCUUUGGGUCUAAAAUUUCUGAUCGAGUAGUUAAGGAGGAAAAGCAGGCAGCCUCUUCGAAUGGUACUGCCAAUGCUGAAAAGAACGGAGACGAUGCUAAACCGAAAACAGCAGAAGAGCUGUUCAAAUGUGCUGCUCAACAGGAUAAACCUAAGCACGAACAACACGACUUCAUAGCUGAAGCAAAAGAAGCUGCAGAGAAGAAGAAAGAACACGAAAAGCCGAAGCACGAGCAUAGUUACAGAAAAAGAGGACCGAAAAACUCAAGAGUGCUUGAAUUCCGCUUUCGAAAAUUAAAGUUCCAUGUGGCUCGAACAACGGGUAAUCAUCGUGUGGUUAUUAACUCGAGAGUACAUGCGGAUAUGUUUUUUGAAAGGGUGGAUCAGAAGCGAUUGAAAAUCAGCGCAACUACGCCGGAUUCCAAUGCGAUGCAGAUUUUCCUCGUCACUAUUGGGUUUUCUAAAACUGCUUUGAAUAUUGACGAGUUUUGUGCGAUUCUCGAUGGUAUACUCAAAAAAGAAAAAGCGUGCGAAUCUCUGAAAAGGAAACGGAAGGCCGAGGAAGAACCAGGAGCUGAGAAGGUGGCUAAAAUGAAUAUUCGUGACGAGGAAGUGUCGAAUAAGGAGCCAACAUCUCCUGGCCAAGAAGUUGCAGAAACGAAGGGUGAGGAAGGAAAUUCGCCCAAGGAGCAAAAGAGCAGUGAAGAA